CCGUUGCGCUGGCUUUCGAAGAAACUGACGCCAUCUUGGAUCUCGACGACGAUGGACUCUGGUUUAAUCUGUGUUUGAGGAGAACUUUCUGCCCGCCAGUCACGCUGAUGUUCUCAUCAAGGAAUCUCUCUGUAUCUGCUUCGCUGACACCAUCAUGGCUUUAGAAGAUAUUUGCAGUUUCAAGGAAACUACUGUGCAUCACGAGUGGUUUUCUGCUUCAUCUUUGGAAGCAACAGUCUCAACUUUUCAUACGACUGACUAUUGCAGCUUUGGAUUGAGGAGACUAAGGAAAUGUGAGACAACUUGUGGGGUCCCACUUCACUUUUUCAUACCAACUUUACCAAACUCUACCCCUUUCAACCAUACACCUUCAUUCCCUUUUUUCUCGGCCAACCACUCAUUGACAGUCCGCAGGCCAUUCCCUCUUUCUCAUGGAACAACGACCCUCGGUUUCAUCUUCCAAGGUGGAGUCAUAGCAGCUGCAGACACACGUGCCAGUGCUGGGGGGCUUGUUGCCUGCCCGGCUGUUCAUAAGAUUAACCCGAUUCACUCCCACUUGGUGGUCACCUCCUCUGGGAGUGGUGCAGACUGCAUGCUGUGGGAGCGAAUUCUGGCCAGAGAGAUCAGACUCUACCAACUGCGGCACAGACGGCGCCUGUCAAUACGUGGCACUGCUAAACUCCUAUCAUUUAUGCUGCACCCCUUUAAAGGGACUGACGUGUGUGUGGCUCUUACACUAUGUGGAUGGGACAAGGAAGCGGGUAACACUGACUGUGCAAAGCGGUCACAAGGAUCUUCCUUUCUGACUGGUGAUAGCCCCUCAGCUGCUGUUAGUAGCCACGAUGUUACUGCAAUGGCAUGUUCUGCAUCCCCUAACAGUGGCCCAAAGCUGAUAUACGUGUGCAGCGAUGGAGCCCGACUGCAGGGAGAUGUCUUUUCUGUGGGCUCAGGUUCUCCUUAUGCUUAUGGAGUCCUGGAUAGAGGACUGAGGUGGAGCCUGAGCAAAGACGAGGCCAUCUCCUUGGCAAGAGAAGCCGUGUUCAGAGCCACUCACAGGGAUGCCUACUCAGGAAACAACGUGGACCUCUUCCACAUCACAGCCCAUGGAUGGAAACAAAGAGAGAGGGAGGACCUGAAAGAUGAAUAUUACAGAGUCAUGGAGAGGAGGGCAAAGAUAGUGGAGGAAAGAAAAAGAGUGACAGACGUGAAAGUUCCUGCAUGAAGCAAAGUAUUUAUGUAUGGGAGGAGGGAUGGGAUCAGGGGGACAAAAUUUUAGAAAUAGCCAUGUAUCAAGAGUUGCAUCGACUUCAGCCUCAUUCUUCAUAGUGUAUUUGCUUGUUUGCCAGAAAAAAACAUCUCUUUGAAAAAAAUUCAUAGACUGUACCGUAGUGAGUGAUGUGGUCUUGAUGUCUCGUUUUU